CAGUGCUACUCUUUUUGUCCAAUUGAGAGCACGCGUCUUGAAGUCUAGUGAGCUUCUCAUCUUCUUCGAUCGGUGAUGAAUAUAUAUAUCGAUAUUUUCUUCCGGUGAACAAUUUGUCAAGUCUCCAAGUAUCACCUUGAUCUUCAUUUCGGUUUCCCUGCUCCGAUCUCCAGUCCCAAUUCUGGAGAAAAGCGUCUCGUGGAUCUGGAACAACGAGCAGUCACGCGACUUCCUCCAUCGUGACAUUCCUGUACUUAUAACUGGUAACUACUUUGCCUUUUAUUGGCUACGCCAGUUUGUUCGAUCGAGCUCCCAAGAUGAACAUCGGUAUUGGAACGCCGCCAGUGGUAGCAGAUCACCGACAGCAGAGAGAUUCGGUCGCCAAAAGAGCCCAUUAUAGCCCACCAUGGGCAGAUUUGAGCAUCAUUGGCGUUGCUGGCAGUUCGGGUUCUGGGAAAUCGACCCUUUCCCAUGCCAUUGUGAGCAACUUGAACCUCCCUUGGGUCGUCAUUUUGUCCAUGGACUCGUUCUAUAAACCUCUUGACGCGGCGUCUUCCAAGUUGGCAUUCAAAAACGAGUAUGAUUUUGACUCACCUGAGGCAAUCGACUUCGAUGAGUUGUUGCAUUGCUUGAGCGAGCUUAAGGCCGGAAAACGCGCCCAAAUCCCAGUUUAUUCCUUCGAAAAGCAUCAGCGUUUAGAGAAGACUACGACGGUAUACUCCCCUCACGUUCUCAUCCUUGAAGGCAUAUUUGCUCUUCAUGAUGAGAGGAUACAGGGUUUGUUGGACAUGAAGAUAUACUGUGAAGCCGACGCCGACACAUGUCUCUCAAGAAGAAUUUUACGAGAUGUCCGAGAUCGAGGUCGAGAUGUUGAGGGCUGCAUCAAGCAGUGGUUCGGUUUCGUCAAGCCAAACUUUGAGAAAUAUGUCCAACCGCAGAGAGGUGUUGCGGACAUAAUCGUACCACGAGGCGUGGAAAAUAGGGUGGCCAUGAGUAUGGUAACACAGUACAUCGAGAGAAAACUUCUCGAGAAGUCUACGCACCAUCGAGCAGCACUGAAGAGCCUCGAGAGUGGCUUCGAAAGUGAACCCUUGUCCGAAAGAGUCAUUGUUCUCCAACAGACCACACAACUCCGAGGCAUGGGCACUAUCAUUCAAGACAUUGACACGACCAGUGAAGACUUUAUUUUCUACUUUGACCGGUUGUCGUGCUUGAUCAUCGAACAAGCUCUCAACAACGUCCAUUUCAAGGAACAGGUCAUUCAGACACCGCAAGGCUACAGAUAUCAAGGCUUGACCGCUAAGGGCGAAGUCAGCGCCGUCAUCGUCCUUCGUGGUGGUGCAACGUUUGAGACGGGUUUGCAUCGUGUCAUUCCCGAUUGCAGGACAGGUCGUCUACUAAUUCAGUCCAAUGUUCGGACCGGUGAGCCAGAGCUGCAUUAUCUGAAGCUUCCGAAAGAUAUCAGCAAACAUGAGAGCGUCCUUCUCCUCGAUGCGCAGAUGCCGAGCGGAGGUUCGGCACUCAUGGCCGUGCAGGUUCUGGUUGACCACGGUGUACCACAGGAUAAGAUCGUCUUUGCGACAUAUUCCGCAGGACGUGUAGGUGUACACAGGUUGACUAAAGUCUUCCCCGAAAUCACCGUCGUCGUAGGCAAUAUGGUAGCCGACUUCGAGGAGAGAUGGGUGGAGAAGAGGUAUUUCAGGUGCUAAGUUCAUGUUGGCCCCACAUAUAUGACUCGGUAGUGUAGGGCAAAAACGAUAAACCAUCACCACAACUACUCGUUCCAAACCACAAUUGCCCACACGGGUCCUCUCGAUAAGAAUUUUGCCCCGUCCGGAACGGAGGUCUCAUACUAAGUUGUUAGCUCCACAAUAUGAGAUAACAUAGCCGAGAACAAGACGUAUCUUCCCAUCAACAAAUUCCUGGGGGAUGUGGUCUAGUGGUAUGACGUUUCCUUAGCAUGCUUCA